UAGAAAAAAAGAAAAAACGUUUGUCUCCGUCUUUCUUCCUCCCUCUCCCUCUCACGUUCAGCUCCCACCCCUGCAGUUUCCCCGGCGACUUGCAGCAGCUCCGACCGGCGACAUUAUCUGAGCAACGAUCAACGCUCACUUCCAGACAGAGAAAAUCGGUGCGCGAUCAACCACGUCGGAAUCCUUGCUGGACGGCGUGCGACUCACCCACGAACCAGAGGCGCGACAACGACGCUAUUCCGGCGGAUCUAGUCAAGAAGCGCUCGUGAAAUUCUCUCGACCCCACAACCUGCAUCCACGACGACAGAUUUUCAACGCAAAUACCUCCUUGCGGCAGUGGACAGCCACUCACAAACGAACCCGUUCUGCUUUAUAUUCGCAACCUCGAGUGAUCUCAGAUUGGGUACUCAGAUCUGAAUACCCAAGCCUUUCCGGAUUGUUGUGUUUGCUUCUCUUUAUGAUGGAUUCUAGUAUUACUAUUGCUGCCGUAAUUCUCAGUAUCAGCUUGAUUUUGAGUCGUGUUCUUUACGUCAUAUAUUGGAGUGGUAGACCCGUUCGAAACAAAAGCUUGGAACCUGUUAGUACCCUCAUUGUUUUAGGCUCAGGGGGCCACACGGCGGAGAUGCUCAAUGUGUUGUCUGUGCUGCAGAAGGACUUGUUUGCUCCAAGAUUCUACAUUGCUGCUGCAACGGAUAACAUGAGUCUUCAAAAGGCUCGUACAUAUGAAAACCAACUGGCUGAUAAGACCGGGGCUGAGGUAGACAAGACUGCACAGUUUAUGCAGAUCUACAGAAGUAGGGAAGUAGGACAAUCAUAUUUCACUUCCGUUUGGACAACUUUGAUUGCCACAUUGCACGCACUCUGGCUAAUGCUUAAACUUAGACCUCAAGUGAUUCUCUGCAAUGGCCCUGGUACCUGCAUCCCUCUAUGCGUAAUUGCAUUCAUAUUCAAGGUUAUGGGGAUUAGAUGGUCUUCAAUUUUUUAUGUGGAAAGCAUUGCAAGAGUGAAGAGAUUAUCACUAAGUGGCUUGAUUUUAUAUAAGUUAUACAUGGCUGAUCAGUUCUUUGUGCAAUGGCCACAACUACAGAGGCUAUAUCCCCGCGCUCGCUACGUCGGUUGUCUCAUGUAGUUCACAACGAAAUUCCGUACAGAUUAGUAUACAUUUCUGAUUCUUACUGCUCAAAUCAUGACUGAGUUGAUCAUCAUAUGCAGCGUUGAAAGGUAACAUAUAGGGAAAAAAAAUUUCAAGUUUCUGAAAAUCAUGUCUGAAUUGGUCCAUAUGCUGCUUUGAUAUGUAACAUACAGGGAAAAAAAUGUCAAGUUCAACUUGCUUAGAAAAUUACUUUCCCGGAUUUUUAGAGUUUUAUUGUUUGUUAUAACUCUACGAACUAGGCAUUAUCUAUCGAUAUAUCCAUAAAUUAAAAGACCCAUCGAAGAUUAAUCAAUAUCUGAUCCAUAAUAUAUAUAUAAUUAUUAGAAGAUCUAUGAUUGUAAGGUUGUUUAGGAAUUCCUUUGCUC